AUGUCGCGGCGGCCCAAUCCCGCGGCCGAUCGCGCCGAGCAGAACCGCGCAACGCUCAAGAACCUGGUGAAGCUCGAGGGGAACAAGACAUGCUCCGACUGCAAGAGGAAUAAGCACCCGCGCUGGGCCAGCUGGAACCUCGGCGUCUUCAUCUGCAUCCGCUGCUCGGGCAUCCACCGCGGCAUGGGCACGCACAUCUCCAAGGUCAAGUCGGUCGACCUCGACACGUGGACGGACGAGCAGCUGCAGAGCGUGCUGAAGUGGGGCAACGCCCGCGCGAACAAGUACUGGGAGGCGAAGCUGGCGCCCGGCCAUGUGCCGUCCGAGGCCAAGAUCGAGAACUUCAUCCGCACAAAGUACGAGUCGAAGCGCUGGGUCAUGGACGGGCCGCUGCCGGACCCCGCGACCCUGGGCGAGGACGACGACGACAUGGUGCUGCAGCCACUGUCCAAGGUGCAGGAGAAGAUCCAGGUCGAGCGGUCGGCCUCGCAGCGCCUGGCCGGCAACGCCGCCGCUUCGCGACCCCCUCCGCAGGCCAAGCCGGCGCCCGUCAUCGACCUCUUCGGCGACGCCACGCCUGCCCCGCCGCGGUCGAGCACGGGGCCGCCGCCUGCGACAAGAGCGCCGCCGCCGAAGGCUGAGCCUGCCCCGCCGAAGCAGACCAAGGCCGGUGAUUCAUUGCUGGGGCUCGACUUCCUCGGCAGCAGCUCGACACCCCCCGCCAGGCCCUCGAGCACAGGGCCGGCCGGUGCUGCAGCGGCCCCGUCGCGACCUGACCUCAAGCAGUCCAUUCUGUCGCUGUACGCCUCGGCCCCGAAGGCAGCAGCACAGCCCCAGCCCCAGCAGCAGCAGCAACAACAACAUGCGCGGCAGACAUCGUUCGGCGGGCUCGCGACGCCUCAAUCGCAGCUGUCGCCCACAAAUUCAGCCUUUGGCGGCAUGAACGACGCCUUCGGCAGCCUCUCCUUCAACGCCGCGCCCGCGCCCGCCCCCAAGCCCUCGCCCUUCUCCGGCCUGGACGCCUUCUCCAGCGCAAAGUCCCCCUCAGCGUCCUCCAACAUGUUCGGCGGCGGCGGCAACUUCUUCGACUCGAAGCCCAAAUCGCCGCCCGUCCAGAACCGCACCACCAGCCCCUCGGCCGGCUUCAGCAACUUCUCCUCCUUCAACACCCCCGCCGCCUCCAAGCCCGCCGCCCCGUCGUCCGGCAUGGGCGGCAUGGGCGACCUGCUCGACCUCUCCAUGCCGUCUGCACCCGCCCAGCAAUCCUUCUCCCAGCAAUCCUUCUCCCAGCAAUCCUUCUCCCCCGCGCCCCCCGCAGCCUCUGCCUUCAGCCUCGCCCCCGCCGCCCCGAAACCCAGCCAGUCCGUCAACUACGGCAACAUGGAUGCCUGGGGGAGCAACGACGCCUGGGGCAGCGCCCCGAGCCAGCCCGCCGCGCCCGCACAAGCGCCCGCACCGUCGGCCCCCGCGAAGAGCCCCGCGUGGGGCGGCGACGACGACUUCGGCGGCUGGAGCAGCGCGGCGCCCGCGGCGAGCAAUGCGCCCGCGCCCGGUGCCGCGCCGGCGACCACGGGGAAGCAGGGCGGGUUCGGCGGCAACGACGACUUGUUCUCGAACGUGUGGGAGUGA